CCCGUCCUCACGUGCUCGUUCCCUUUACUCGAGGGCGGUGUCUACUAGCUGCCGGUGAGGAGAGUUGUUGUUGUUUCUAACAAAGUGCUUUAAAAGUAUAAAAAACAGUCUUGUAAAAUGGGAACCCGAGACGAUGAGUACGACUACUUGUUCAAAGUUGUACUAAUCGGAGACUCCGGAGUGGGGAAGAGCAACCUGCUGUCCCGUUUCACAAGAAAUGAGUUCAACCUGGAGAGCAAGAGCACCAUCGGGGUGGAGUUCGCCACCCGCAGCAUCCAGGUGGACGGCAAGACGAUAAAGGCUCAAAUCUGGGACACAGCUGGACAGGAACGCUACAGAGCCAUCACCUCAGCGUAUUACCGGGGUGCAGUGGGGGCUCUUUUGGUUUACGACAUCGCCAAACACCUGACCUAUGAAAACGUUGAGCGCUGGCUGAAGGAGCUGAGGGACCACGCUGACAACAACAUCGUCAUCAUGCUGGUUGGAAACAAGAGCGACCUCCGCCACCUCAGGGCGGUGCCCACUGAUGAGGCCCGAGCCUUUUCAGAAAAGAACACUGUCUCUUUUAUUGAAACUUCAGCCUUGGAUUCCACUAAUGUAGAAGAAGCCUUUAAGAACAUCCUGGCAGAAAUCUAUCGUAUUGUAUCCCAGAAGCAAAUAUCGGACAGAUCUGCACACGAUGAUUCUCCAGGCAACAAUGUUGUGGACAUAAGCGUCCCCCCAACCAUGGACGGGCAGAGGGGCAACAAACUGCCCUGCUGUCAAAGCCUGUGAUAAUAUUGUAUAUUCCUCUCUGACUUCCUGUCAGUCUCUCCUCUCUUCGCCUCUGCUUCACUUCAGCCAUCAUGCUGCUGUCAUCAUGAUACUCCCAAUGGUUCAGAUGUCUCUGAACAAAGACUCUUGUAGCUGACAUUCCUUUUGCUGGUUUCUCCUUUGUUUUUUCAUUGUUGGUGUGUCUUCCUCUGAUUUCAGGAGCGCCUGUGUUUAUAUAACUUUAUGGUUGCAUUAUAGCCUGGAGAGGGAGGAAGUGUUUCCUAUUAUGGGGUUGAUCUUAAAGCUGUAGAAAACUGCAUUUCUUUUUAAUUAACUAGCCUUCUAUGGUCCUAUUGACCCACUCCUUUUGAAGGGACGGUGAGGGAUCAGUCUGCCUCUUUAUCAGUGCUCCAAAUGGAUUCUACUUCUCAGCUCCUUUUCUCAGCCUGAUGAUACAGACUUAUGACGUGAUCUGCUAUAGUGGAAUCCAAGUCCUAUCUGGUUGACCUGAUUCAGCAUGUCAUGCAAUACAGGCUGGAGAGAAGGAGAUGAGAAGAAGGUGAUGCAUCAGUACUUUGGAGUGUUCGUUCAAACUCUGUGUUGGUUUUCUGGUUGCCUCUUAAAUUUUAAUUUUCCCCUCCAAGCCCUGCGCCCACAGUGGCAUUAAAUUAGCAUGAGCCAGGGGCCAGGCUGGCUGUGACUGUCUGACUUAAUAUGGGCAAGUGUGAAACAAAUUGUUUUUGUGUGUGUGUCUGUGCGUGCGAGUGCUUGUGCGUGUGUUAAUCUGAGUGCACAAAGAUACCAAAGGAGACAGGUGCAAUUGAUAUCAGUUUUGGGUUUUCUCAUUUAAGCGGGCCUGUGGCUGCUAAGAUUUCAAAUAAUUGCUGUAUUUGGUUAAAAAUAUAUCAUGCUUUAAAGCAAAAGUAUUGUCCUAAAUUGUGAUGAGUGAUCUAUUGUGAAAUGAUAGUAUCAGCCUGAAACACGCUGAGUGUCUAGUUCCUUUCUUGGUUUUACUCGGGUCAAUCUCUUUUAGCAGGCUGACUCAAAAUGAAAAAACUUCCUUGCACUUAUGUCUACAGGUUUCAAUUGAAUAAAUCACCCAAUAUCUUUAAAUACAGUGAUAUUUUCCUAUUGGUUGUAAGCGAAGUGUUGGCUGAAAACAACAAAAUACACCAUGAGUUGUGCUUUUCAAAGCAGUUUCACCUUCGUAGAUGUUGCUGUCGUUUGUAAUAUCUGUAAAAGGUGAUGGGGUAAAGAUUGUGUGUAAUCUGACAACAUUUACAAAUUGAAAACACUUAACUCGAGACAGACACAGUUGUUAGUUGGGAAAAUUGAUCUGAAAAUCAGAAAUGCAAAUUGUUUACAUGGUUGGCUGCAAUGCCCCUUUUCACCCAUCUGAUAGAGAUGCUGUCAUGUGUGAUGGAUUUGGUUUAUAAUAUAUAUGUCUCUUGUGAUAUUUCACAUUUCUUCAAACAAAUAUGUGUUAAGUCAGCAAACCUAAGAUUGUUUUGCUUCUCGCUACACAGAAAAUACUGAAGCAUAAAUAAACAUAAUUUACAUGA